ACGAUAGUUGCGGGAAAACUGAAGCAAGAGUCACUCCGACUAGCACUACCACUGUCACUGAGCUGAAAGAAAACAAGAAAAUCAACAUCAUGAGUCCCCCGAAUGUCACCGAGGUCAAAAGGGGAAUUGCUGUCCUUUGGGAGACCCUUCAGUGCCCCAUAUGUCUGGAUUUAUUAACCGAACCCGUUUCCACCAAGUGUGACCAUCAGUUUUGCAAAUUUUGCAUGCUGAGGCUUUUGGACAACACCAAACUAAACCGAGCCAGCUGCCCAGUGUGUAAAGAAAAGAUAACCAAAAGGAGCUUGCAGGAGAGUCCGGGUUUUCAGAGGCUUGUCACAGGCCUGCAAGACAUGAUCCAUGCUUAUGAACACGACACAGGCACAAACUACUUUACUGGGUUCAUCCAAGACGUUCGACAAUCAUGUGUGACAACUGGUGAGAUGAACAAACAGGUUGAUGACAACGUGGAGGAUGUUGACAAGGCUCUUCCAAGUUCUCACUCGUCAACUAUAGCAGCCCUCAAUGGAUUUGCAAAAGUCAUGGGGUUUGAAGAUUCCAGUCAUUUGACAACAGAAAGCAAAGUUCAGGACACGGUCCAAACAAUGGAAUCCUUGGAUUCAGUGGAGACAAAAGUCAAAGCAUCUGCACGCAAAAUUCGAGGGAAAGCAAGAAAAGUGAAAUCUAUUCCAGUUGAUUCAAGGCCUCAAAUAAAAUCCUCAAAGCAGAAAAGUGAUCUGGAAGCUGACAAGAUUUUAGAGAAGAGGAAGAGAAAAAGUGUUGAGAAGGUCGCCGAAUGGCUCAUGAAGGUUUCCGCAGAGGGGAGUCUUGAGUUGGAGAAAUCCGCUGAGGACGCCCCAGAUUCGGACGACUCUGGCAGCUCCGCUUCCACGCUGGAUGUCAACGUGUUCAACAACAGUGAGGUAAACCCAAAAAAGGAGCUGCCACCCAAAGCCCUCGAGGAGCAAGUGUUUGGGGCCACCUACAAACGAGAGAGGAGAAACAAAUUAGGCGUCUCUCUUACAGGGAAUGCCUCCACUAAACCAACACUCUCCUCAACUGUACAACCACCAGGAAAGCGACACAACAAGAAGAAGAUGCUGACACCUACUGACUUUAUAAAAAGCUCUAAGGAGAAACAGGUAAAACAUCUGGAAGAAGAGCCUCAAACGGUCAAAAAUGACAUCUGCAUGGACUCUUUUGAAGAAACAGAGAAGCUAGACAAACUAGAAAUUGAAAAAGCUAACGACAAAGCUCCCAGUCUCAUGUCUGAAACCCGCCAACCCGAAGCAAAGUUGGUGAAGAGGUUGCAUAGCACUCUGCAGCAGGUCGACUCUGAUUUGAAGGCCCAAACUCUGAUAGAAAGUUCAGCUCCUAAAAAAGCCGACAAGAGAAGAGUUUCCUCUGGGAAAGGCAAGCCCGCGAGAGCUGCAAAACCGCUGGUUCUGGUUUCCGGUGUUCAAAAUGAAGAGAGCGUCCCGCAAAGUAAGCUGCCGUCAGAGGCGGUUCAGGUUCAUAUUGAGAACUACCUCAGCAGUGAGGACCAGGAUGUACCUGUCACCAGGAAAGGCAGAAAACGUUCUCUUUGUUCCCAGAUGAGAGGUCCCAAGACAGAUGCAUCUCGACUUGCUGUGAAAAUGCCUGAAAAAGACGGAGGGGCAUUUGAUCCAUUGGAUGCAAAGGCUUGUAAAAGUAAUGGAUGCAUUUAUGAUGAAGACAUUGGAGCCAUCGAAAACAUGGCGCUAGGUGAAAUGGCGUCGUCCAUUAAGGAAGUUCCAGAGACCGGUGCGGAUCGUGACACUCUUGUGGUCCCAACUUCAAUGAGUCUGACUGAAUGUCCGCCUCGCCAUCAGAUCCAAAGUGCCGCAGCAGAGAAGGAGGAGGACAACAGUGAGGUGGACACGGAGCAACUUCUCAAGAGCUUCAAAGCUACCAAAAGGAAGUCGUUCAAUCUCAAGCGUCCAAAUGGGAAGAGGAGCCGCGGUGUGGACAACCUCAGUGACCUCACUAAUCCGACUUGUAGCGAUUUCAUCCCGCCGACGGAGUCUCCCUUGCCGACAAGAAAUAGAGAUGCUGAAAGAUCGGAUCAAAAAAGUGUUCCUGUUCUCCUCAGGAGUAGUGUCAGCAGUGACCUCAGUCCCAACAAAGUGGCAAAAUGUGGAACGGAAAGUCCUUAUGUGUCUGUUGUGCCUCAUGUAGUAGAUUCCGGAAUCAGCUUUCAUGCCGUUGAGCGUGAGGAAAUUCCAGAGAGCCUGCUUGAAUCUUCCACAAAGGAUAACUGCAGGAACUUCGCCUCUGGAAACCGUUCAGUCCUGUCCGACCUGUCCCAACAUCUUUUGAAUGCCGAGUCCUCUUUGACUCCUGACGGUCUCGCCGCACCGCUCCAAGGAACCAAGAUCAGUGGGAGUGAAGAGCUCAGCAUUCAGUCGUUCAUCCAGAGCAACCCCAGGAAAAACAGGAGGAGGCGGACUCGGAGGCUCCAGUCCUCAUCGGAGUGCGGAUCAUUGGGCGAAUCCAACGAGGAGUUACCGACUUUGACACAAAUCUUCGGUAAGCCGGCUGCUUCUCCUCAAGGCGACUGCAGCCGGGAAGCUGCUGAAGCAAGCAGCCUUGACGGUGCUUGCAUCGCAGCCUGUCCUCCCACGUGUCCGAGUCCUGACUGCAUUAGCGCCAGCCAAGGGUCCGUCGACUUGUUUGGAUCACUGGAUGAAUGUGAUGGGCUAGUGAAUGGAGCGAGUGUGUCUGUGGAAUCAUCACAAUUCACAAGCGAAGUUCUCGUCACCCAGCAAAAACUGGAGAUGAAGAAGGAGCUGGUGAGGCUGGAGAAUUUGAUGGCACUGGUGUCUGAGGUUUUACAGGAGAAGGAGGCCAACCCUUCUGCACCCACAUGCUCAGAUGUGCAAGAGCCCAUUGUUCGAUGUGACCGGGAAACAAACCAAGACCUAGACAGGAAAACUCUUGCAGAAGGUGCACAUGAUGGCGUGUCGCAGCAUGUCGGCACUGCAGAGGCGCCCGUGCAUGAGCACAACAAGAACAACACUCCUGAGAGAGGCUGCGGCAAGGCUAAAAUGGUGCUGGUGUCGUCUGGAUUGGCGGCCACCGAGCAGAUGACGGUGAAAAGGUUUGCCAAGAGGGUUGGUGCUCGUGUGGUUUCCCAGGUGACCACAGAGGUGACUCACAUUGUAAUGUGCACAGAUGAACAACUGGUAUGUGAGCGGACCCUCAAGUACUUCCUCGGAAUUGCCGGCAGGAAGUGGGUGGUGAGCUUCCACUGGAUUUUGGAGUGCUUCAAGCAAAAAAAAAUAUUGGACGAGAGUAAUUUUGAAGUGAGGGGCGACGUGGUGAAUGGACCCCACCACCUUGGGCCCAUGAGAGCUCGCACCACCGACGACGACAAUCUACUCAUGAGGGGCUAUGAAAUCUGCUUUCAAGGACCCUUCACAGACAUGACCACAGAGGAAUUGGAGUGGAUGGUGCAGCUGUGUGGAGCAGCUGUGGUCAAAGAUCCUCUUGUGCUCGACAGUAAACAGAAGUCCAAUCAGCUGGUCAUUGUUCAGCAUGGAUCGGCACCGUGCUCGUUCAUGUAUAGCAGUCUCGCUAAACAGGCCACAGUUGUGACUCGUGGUUGGUUGUUGGACACCGUGGCCACCUACACAUUGCAGGGUUACACAAACUACCAAACGUGAGCUAAGGACAUUUUGUGUGUGUGUGUGUGUGUGUGUGUGUGUGUUUUUUUUUUUUUUUAAACAACCUUUCCAUUUCCCAAAUCUCUAAUCUGUACAAAUGUGGAUAAACCAAAGCACAACCAUGUACAUUAAGUUAACCAAAAGAAUAUUUUUGUUGUUGUUUGGAACUUAAUCACUAAUCGUCACUAAUCCUUCUCAGAAAACAGUUAUUUAAUGUCUUGUGUCAACUUAAAUGUUUUUAAUAAAUAACUCUAUUGUCAUUCUAAUGUUUGCACCCCUCUUCUGACUUUUGUCUUCAUGGCCACAGAAGAACCCUACUGAUUUUGAAGUGGCAAUUCCAAAUUUAUGUCACACACUUUGUCUGUCUGUCUCUCACUUUCGUUGUCACUCUGUGUCACUUGAGUCUAAAGGCAGCAAAUUAGUCCUUGAGUUGUGCUGCCCUGUUCAUCACGCAGUAGUCCAGCCUUUUGAAAUCCGUUGGUGAUAGUGGACUUUUUGACACUGCCCCACACUGUAAACAUUCACUGGCAGACUUGAGCAAAAGUUGCAAGAUCGAUCGCCUGUAACUUGAAAGCUACAUUACAGUAUAUGCAUUUUGUAUUUUUAUAUGCAUUUGUAAAUGUCGUUCUGCAUCACCCAUUUAGCAAGUGGAGCACUACAGCUUUCCAGACAGUCAAAUGAAUGCAUAAGCUAUCAUUAGUCAUUGUUUUUCAUGUUUUAAAAAAAAAAAGACAAAAAAACAGCUGGUUGCGAAAAUGUGAUGGGAAUGUCAGCUCGUCUCCUUGGAGAUGCCAGAUGUGUUGGUGCCGGGAUGCUGCUUUCUUUCUUUCAGUCAACUACUUUUUACCCCAUCCCGAAUGGUGCUGAGUCUUUUCACUGUAUUAAUAGAGAAGCACUGUCAUGCCAAAGAUUUUACUGAGUUUAUUUGGAAUGCUAGCAGAAUUUGUCGGUCACAAGCUCGUCUCGUGAAUGAAGGCUGUGUGUGAAAGUGUCUUUGUGUAAGGCUUGUGACAUUGCAGUUGUUGGCAUUCUAACAAAGUGAGGACAUCCCCACAUGGACGACGGUGUGUCUUGACAACUCGCGAGGAGGCAUAUUUGCAAACAUGAGUGAGCAGACACCCGAGGGCGAAAAUUCAUCAACAGCAGCGACAGUGUGAUUGUUCUUCUUUAUCAUUUGUAACAUGAGUGUUUUGCUGUUGACAAUCACAUGACUUGAUGGCUAUAACAUUGUGAACAUUAUGUACUAAGAUAUAGCAAGCUGUGUCAACAAUUCUGCCUUUAAGACAAUAACAUGCUCUC